AUAACUGCAAACAUUAAACAGUGAACAGUGAACAAAGACUCAGUUGCAUUCCCCAUAAGCAAAAAAACAGUAUACCCGAGAUGCUCCUCGGUUAAAGCAACGCCCCACUUAGGCUUGGCCUCGAAUGUUCUAGUGGUUGCCUGUUUAUAGAGAAAUGAGAUCAUUAUAACAUAUCAACAAACUUAUUUGGGAUUUUUGAAAGUGUUUUUACCUUUUGAAGAAAACUAAUCGCUUCAGUAUAAGAGAACCUCAAAAGAGAAUUAGAAGCUAUUGCUACUUGCAGUCAACUUCCCAAAAGAACACGCACUCUCCACAUGCUCCCACCCCCAAAUUCCUCUACCGUAUUAAAUCAUCUCCGACAUGUUUUUCACCAUCGUGGACGUGACUUUUCUCAUCUUACGGUCAACUCAACACGUGGCAUCAUCCUAUGACGAGUUAACCUGAUUCCUCCACCGUAGACGCGGUGCACUGAAUCAAACUCCCGUCUAUAAAAGCAACGUAACAUGUCCAUGUGUCUUCUCGAAACACAAUCACUUAGCCAUGGCUUCCAACUCUUCUCUUCUUCUUCUCCUCCUAGUCGUCGCUUGUUUCAUCUCACCGGCGAUCUCGCAGACUUGCUCUACGCAGAACAUACUAUCCGCCGACAGAACUCCGUUCGAGAAUUGCCUGGACCUCCCCGUACUCGAUUCCUAUCUCCACUACACUUACAACGCAACCAACUCAUCUCUCUCCGUCGCUUUCGUCGCUACUCCGUCUCGUUCCAACGGAUGGGUGGCUUGGGCUAUCAACCCCACAACGAGGGGGAUGUUCGGUUCUCAGGCCUUCCUCGCCUACAGUCCUCGAGUCGGCGCGCGUCCCGAGGUGAACACGUACAACAUCAGCAGCUACAACCUCAGCAGAGGAAGACUUUCCUUUGACUUUUGGAAUCUACGCGCGGAAGCCAUGGCCGGUAACAGGAUCGUGAUUCGCACGUCGGUUAAGGUUCCGGCGGGAGCUGAAAGCGUGAACCAAGUGUGGCAGAUCGGCGGGAAUGUGACUAGCGGUCGUCCGGGGGUGCAUCCUGUCAAUGCGGCGAACUUGGCCUCUACGGCGGUGCUGAGAUUUACCGUCUCUGACGCUCCGAGCUCUGCUCCAGGCUCAGCUCCAGGCUCUGCUCCGGGCUCUGCUCCAGGCUCUGCUCAGGGGCCGACCACUCCUGAACAGGCGGGUGGUCCAGGGAACGCGGGUUCGAUGACAGCUAGCGUAAAUUUUGGAAUUUUGGUUAUGUUGGCUACUAUUUUCAUGUUUUGAUUAUGAUUUAUUCGUCUUUACAUUACUUUUUGCACAGCCACAUACUGUUUAAUUUCUAGUUUUAGAUUCAUUUACUCUCUCUCUUUUUUCUACCUAUCUCCUCUCGCCCACAUUAAUUCUGAGUUGUUGUUUUUGAUAAAACACAUUAUUCUCA